ACUUCAUCGGUCACUGCUGGCCGUCCGUCGCUGCACAACGAGCUGGUCGUCAAAAUACAGUCCGAACUUCCAGAGACCUCCUCUUGGAGAGUGCGCGGCAUGGAUAAAUUGGCAGCCGGUUGCGCGCCAAGGCGCUUCUCGGAGGCAGGUACCCAAUCGCCACUGCUCUUCUGGAGGGCAAGCAUCAGCCCACGCGAGCAGAACGGUCGCCCGUCGCCGUGGUGCAUCAAAACGUAUAAUUGCCUUUUGAUCCUAUUCUCCACCUUCAUGCCGUUGCAGACUCGUCGAGCGAGUAUUUAUAUUACGUGCUGACACCCCAGCGCCUAGGUUUUGACCUUUUCUUCUCUCCCCUCCACUUCCGCCGUCUCCUCGGCUGCCCCUCGUUUGCCCUUGUCCCUCCAGACCCGCGUCUCCCUCCCAGUAUCCUUACCAUGAAGCUCGCUGCUCUCCUCCUCGCCGCGGUCUCCGCCUGCGCGCUCGCGCACGAUGCGCGUGGUCUUAACUCGGACAGCCGUCAAGAGGUAGCCCGGCACAUGCGCCUGGCAAAGAAGAACGCGCCCCUCGACGUGCAGCCCAUCACCGGCAGGACACGUCGCGCCAAGAACAAGCGCCAGUGCCGCGAACGCCAGAACACCGCUACUCCGCCUGCCUCCAGCGAGCAGGCUCAGCCCACCCAGGACAGUGGCAAGAAGGAUGGUGGCAAGAAAGACGGCGACAAGGCGAACACGGGCAAUGUGAACGUCGAGUGGGCCCCGCCUGCGGACAGUGGUAACAACUGGGACAACGGCGGCAACUGGGGAGCCAACCUCAUCAAGGUUGCGACCGACGCCGUUUGUGGUGACAGCGGUGCUACUGCUGAUAUCAGUGCCACCGCCGGCCCUAACGGUCGUAUCGACUGGCUUAACUGUGGUUUGAACGACGGUGGCUGGCACCCGCCCUUCGUGACGAUCAACGACGUGGUCACUGUCGACCUCAACGAGGCCAUCCAGAAGGACAACUCGCCGUUCAAGGCCUGCCAGGACUUCGUCUGGGCGUUCCAGCAGUACGGCAACGAGAACGGCAUCCCGCCCAUCAUGCUCGCCUCGUUCGCCAUGCAGGAAAGCACGUGCAACCCGAACACGGUUGGCGGCAACGGCGAGCAAGGCCUGAUGCAGAUAACGCAGGACAAGUGCGGCGGCGCGCCGGGCGGCAACUGCAAGGACGUGGCCUACAACGUCCGCACUGGUGCGGAGUACUUCAAGAGUGUCCUGGACAGCAAUGGCGGCGACCUGCUCCAGUCCAUCGCCAACUACAACGGCUGGAGGGUAGGCAUGACCUACGGCGACGCGACGGCUGCCCAGUGGAACGGCAACUGCUUCGCGCAGAACAACCUUGACUACCUGCACCAGUUCUUGAACGGCUGGUGCCAGAACAUCGACGCGUACACCCAUCAGCCGCCCCUGGGCCAGUACUUCAACCUCAACGCGUGCUACUAAGCGUAGCAGCGACCUCGUGUCGUGUGUAUAGUCUGACGACCAUACUUUAGCGCCCUACCUAACCCCUGUACCCCCGUAUCUUCGUCGCUUUUAUUCCCCCUCGUCACAUUGCUUUCGUAUACAUAUUCCACCACGCUUGUCGAUCUCGGAUAUGAUACCACAGCAACCGAUUCCCCUGUAAAGUAUAUACUUUCCGCGGCGUGCUUGAUUGUACGCCCCCAACACGUUCGUUAUCGUGGUAUAUGCCGUCUG